GCAAGAGCCCCUGGGUGACGUAAUCUCAGAGGACCGGUGCUCGUUCUGACUGUGCAGCGUGCUUAGCCGAUCCAGCAGCGAGUCCGCCGCAGACAUGCCUAUGUACAAGAUGCAGCCGUACGGUGGCGGCGAUGUACAGGUGGAUCUACCUACCUGUAUGUACCGGGUGCCCAAUCUACAUCAGUCCCCCUCAGGACGCCAGGAUGAGCAGGAGUGUGACCCAGCACUUAAGGCACUCGAAUCCCGACAAGAAGACAUUUUAAAAAGACUCUACGAGCUGAAAGCUGCCGUCGAUGGACUCUCUAAAAUGAUCCAGACGCCGGAUGCAGACCUCGAUGUGACGGACAUCAUCCAGGCGGAUGAGAAGGCAGCGCCAGCCUCCGGCAUUGCAGAUCUGGACUCCGUUCUUGGAAAGGACUACGGAGCGCUCCGGGAUAUUGUUAUCAAUGCCAAUCCUUCUCUGCCGCCGCUGUCGCUGCUGAUUCUCCACAGUCUGCUGUGUGAACGUUACCAGGUGCUGUCGGUGGUCCACACUCACUCAUCUGUCACCGACAUCCCAGAGCCUUUAUUGAAAUGCUUUGGAGAUCAGGUCAAUAAGAAGUCUCGACAGGAGUACCAGCUUGGCUUUACUCUCAUCUGGAAAGAUGUGCCCAAACCACAGAUGAAGUUCAGCAUACAAAAUAUGUGUCCAAUUGAAGGUGAAGGGAAUAUCGCUAGGUUUCUGUUCUCGCUCCUGGGAUAUUCAUUUAAUGCCGUCACUGCCACGCUGGUCGACAGCUGGGUGGACACCGCCAUCUUCCAGCUCCGAGAAGGAAGCAGUAAGGAAAAAGCUGCCGUGCUGCGAGCCAUGAGCUCAUCUCUUGCUAAGUCUCCGUGGCUUGUAGGCAAUGAACUGAGCGUAGCAGAUAUUGUAAGCUGGUGUGCCAUUCAGCAGUCUGACAACUCCACUGCCAUCCCACCCAGCGUACAGAAGUGGAUGAAUUCUUGUGAGAACCUCACAUCCUUUAAGGCUGUCUUCAGACUGCUAAAGAAAUAAUAUAGCAGGCUACGGAGAAGAUACGGUAUGAAAACAGAGUGCCCGUAACCAAGAAACUCUGAUCUGGACUCAUCUGCACGUGAAUCUCAUGUGAACACCUGUGGUAACUAAGCCUAUAUUCCAUUCAGAUAGAGUAAACCGGUUUAAAAAUGUCUAACCAAGCUAUUGGCUUUGGAAUGUUAUAAACGUAAUAAAGUUUUGCGCCUUCGGGA